CCGUCUCUUUCGCACAAUCGUGUUGUUCACUUGCUACAAAAACCACUUUACGCCUUUGGACGUAUAGUAUUUGAUCGCGAGACUUCGUGCAUUUACCGUGCGCCGUAAUUAUAAUCAACAAUCGACAAAGUGUGGUUAUAACUUGUGUUUAAACAAAAUUUGCAGUGAUGGCACCCAUAGGCUUGCUGUGUUGUAGCCGUAAGAGCAAGUCGGUUGCUCCUAUAGACAAUACCCCUGAAGAUGGAAAUUUCGACUAUGAUUUGGCGGUUAUUGGUGGUGGUUCGGGAGGUCUUGCUUGUGCAAAGGAGGCCGUGAACCUGGGCGCGAAGGUAGCAGUGUUAGACUAUGUGACACCCUCGCCGCAGGGCACCAAGUGGGGACUUGGUGGCACCUGUGUCAAUGUAGGCUGCAUACCCAAGAAACUGAUGCACCAGGCAGCACUGCUGGGAGAAAGCAUUCAUGAAGCCGUGUCUUACGGGUGGGAGGUACCCAGCCACGAAAACAUCAAAAUCAACUGGGGAUCACUCACAGAAUCUGUACAGAACCACAUUAAAUCCGUGAACUGGGUAACCAGGGUUGACCUUAGGGAUAAGAAAAUCGAAUAUAUCAAUGGUUUGGGAGAGUUCAAAGAUGCGCACACGAUUAUUGCCACAAUGAAGAAUGGGUCGAAGAAGGAGCUGACGGCGAAGAACAUAGUGAUCGCUGUGGGCGGGCGACCACAGUACCCUGACAUUCCUGGCGCCAUGGAGUACUGCAUCAGCAGCGAUGACAUCUUCAGUCUCAGCCACCCACCCGGCAAGACGCUGGUCGUAGGCGCUGGAUACAUUGGUUUGGAAUGCGCGGGUUUCUUGAACUCAAUGGGCUACCCGGCGACGGUGCUGGUGCGCUCGGUGCCGCUGCGUGGCUUCGACCAACAGAUGGCGCGCAUGGUCACCAACGAGAUGGAGGAGAGGGGCGUCAAGUUUGAGCAUAAGUGUGUCCCGCUCUCGGUGGAGAAACUCGAGUCCGGACAGCUCAAGGCUCGCUGGCUGAACACAGAGCUGCAGGAACAACACGAGGAUGUAUUCGACACAGUAUUGCUCGCCACCGGACGAUAUGCUCUCACCAAACAACUUAACCUGGACGCCGCCGGAGUUAGCUGCGUGUCAUCGAACGGUAAAAUAGCAGCGGAGACUGAGCAGACGAACGUGGCGAACAUCUACGCGGUGGGCGACGUGCUGGAGGGCCGGCCCGAGCUGACGCCGGUGGCCAUCCACGCCGGCCGCCUGCUGGCGCGCCGCAUGUUCGCCGCCGCCGCGCAGCACAUGGACUACGACAACGUCGCCACCACCGUCUUCACGCCGCUCGAGUACGGCUGCGUCGGACUCAGCGAGGAAGCCGCUACCGCCAGAUACGGAGCAGACAACCUGGAGAUAUACCACGCUUACUACAAGCCGACGGAGUUCUUCAUCCCGCAGCGUAACAUCAAGAACUGCUACCUGAAAGCGGUGGCGUUGCGCGAGGCGCCGCAGAAGAUCCUCGGCCUUCACUUCGUCGGGCCCGUCGCUGGAGAGGUCAUACAGGGAUUCGCCGCCGCUAUCAAAUGCGGCAUUACAAUGGAGCAGCUGAUAGGCACGGUGGGCAUCCACCCGACGGUGGCGGAGGAGUUCACGCGCCUCAACAUCACGAAGCGCUCCGGCCGCGACCCCAACCCCGCGUCCUGCUGCAGCUAGGCAGCGACAUCUCGCACCACUCUACUAGAUCACUUCUUUCCUAACUAUUAUUGUUAACAUAAUUGGCUGGAGACCGGAGCAGAAUAUUAACUAUUUGUCUUCUGGUAUACGAGACACAAUACAAAAUACAUUGCGUUUCACGUUCUAGCACACAAUGGGUUAAUGGGUUUCAUCUAAAUCAAACGACAGCUACUCGUUGAUCGAGUGAGCAAACGGUAUUAAAGAACAACUCAGUUUUCAAAAUUGUCAAUAGUAGCACAAUCUGGUAUUGUCUGCUAACACCUUCAAGGAAUAAAAUAGAUACUGCUUCUUAACUCUCCAUUGAUAUUGUUAAUAAUGAUACGUUCCUUGUUAUAAUUGAUCCCCUCAGGAUAUUGACAAGAAGAAACAGUUUCGAUUAUCUUAACAAAGAAUUUAGCAUUUAUUGAUUUGUUUGUAAUUACAGUGUGGAGGGGUAACAUGUAUUGGUUGAGGAAUCAUAAUUAUAUUACACUCGUCGCUUACUGUUACAGAGAUCUUUAUAGCUUGUUGGUCACUGUCACCCCCCCCCCCCCUUCGUCGCCUUAAAUUAUAACUUAUGUAUUAACAUUUCAAGUGAUCAAUCUCUUUGUGAUAGGACAUACAAUGUCGAGUAACCAACGUUUCGGUGCUUAACCUCUACUUCUAUCCAAUUACUUUCAACGUUUAUAGUACAAAUUCUUGGAACAUUAUGAAUUGUUAUUGUCUCAAAAUAUGUAGGAACAAAUGUAUUAAAAUAAAACAUUGUUACUAUGAUGGAAAUAAAAUGGUACAGUAUUAUUGUUAUUCUCAGUUGUACUCCACAGUCACAUGUCGAUAUUAUACAACAUUCCUUCGCUCGCAGUAACAGAAAUCAGGUUUCAUACAUUAUGUAAUUUAAUUUAUGUGAUUUUGAACUUAAAUAAAGUGAUAUAUUUUUAAUGAAAACUA